AUGGAGGAAACAGUUAUGCGUGAGAAACAGAGCUCUGACGAAAAAUCCAACCAAAUCAAUGGCCUUUUUAGAUCUGAGGGCGAGACAGCCACACCAAUUGAGGGUACCCACAUUGCCUGUCAUGUUGUCGACAAGAAUGGAAUCAAACUUCAUCCGCAGCCAACUUCUGAUCCAUUAGACCCAUUGAAUUGGUCAAAUCUUCAAAAGCAUACUAUAUUGUCGGCAGUUAUGCUCAAAUAUUUUCUGUUCACAUAUCUGACAACGACCACUGUCCCAUCAUUUUCAGAAAUCCAAACACAAUAUGAUAUCAGCUACUCUCAAGUUAACUGGACUGUCGCCGUGCCAGCUUUAGGACUAGCAGUCGGCCCGCUCGUAUGGUCAUCACUCAGUGACAUUUAUGGUCGCCGGAUCAUUUUCAUCACUGGGACGACAAUUGCUUUAGUCUCAACGAUCGGCGCAGCAGUUGCUAAUACAUAUUCCGGAUACAUGGCUGCCCGUUUCUUUCAAGGGUUCGGGGUGAGCCCGGCUUCGACGGUUGGAAUGGCAGUUGUCAAUGACCUCUUUUUUGAUUAUGAGCGUGGUCAAAAGCUCGGCCUGUGGGUACUGGCAUUGGAUUCUGGACUUCUUCUUGGUCCGACCUUUGGUGGGUUCUUAAAUCUUGUCAGUGCCGCUUGGAUUAAUUGGUUCAACGCCAUUCUUUUCGCCGCGUUGCUGGUUCUGGAGCUUGCUUUCAUGCCGGAGACACUAUACCCACGAAACAAGAUGCUGCAGCAUAUGCCACGUCUUGACGAAAACAAGACCAUUACAGCAGAUAUUGAAAAGCUUCCUGGAGAGGACAGCUUAUCUGCAGUGCAGGACUCUCUCGCCGACAUGCCUCGGACAAAAAAGCUGCCUUUCCUAAACGUGCGACCAGUGCCUGGCAUGCGCCACCCCAAGCCUUGGGAUUAUAUCAUCCGCUUCUUCCUCACAUUCCAACUUCCUGUUGUCGCUAUUGCUGUCCUUGGAUACAGCUUUGUGUGGUACUGGUGGGUUCUCUCGGUUAUCACCAUGGUGCCAGCCGCAUACGCAAGCUACUCCCCGCUGAUCCAGGGUCUCUUGUUCCUGGGAUUAUUGAUGGGAACCGUUGUUUCAGAAAUCUGUUGCUCCGGUAGAUUGAGUGACUAUAUUGUUACGAAGUUGAGCAAACACAAUGGGAAUGUGCGCGUGGCUGAGAUGCGGCUGUGGCUGGCAUAUCCGGCGAUAUUGAUCACGGCCAUCGGGUUGAUUCUUUGGGGGGUCAGCAUUGACAAGAAUUAUCACUGGAUGGUGGGCCAGGUCGCCUUCUUCCUAUUUGCCGCCGGAAUCCAGAUCGGUAAUACAGUGACUAGCAGCUAUAUCGUGGACUGCUAUCCCUUGCAAUCGACCAGCGUCAUUACAUUCUAUGCCGUCUUUCUUAAUCUGAGCGCGUUUAUCAAUCCGUUCUUUAUUGCCUCAUGGGAGGCAUCUUCGGGCUGGACCUGGACAUUUACUGCACAGGCGCUCAUCGUCCUGGCUGGUGGUGGUAUGGUGUUUGGGCUUCUACACCGAUACGGUGCCUGGAUGCGGGCCAAGGCACCACAGCCAUCGUGGGUCAACUCGGAGUUUGACUCGGAGCUUUGA